CGUUACUAACGGAAUAAUAAAAAGGUUGAGACCUGAGAAAGGAGGGUGAUAUAGAACUGUAAACUAGAGGAAUAUCCAAAAGCAUAUGACAAUGGCGGAGAGGAAUAUUCUACGCGGAGAUUCAAUCCUGUUCUGUUUCUCCCAUUGUAUUUUUCUCCUCCAUAUAUACCCAUCUCUUCAAACCCUUCAUUACAGCGACAAUUCUCUAUAAUCCCCUUUGAAUCCUUCUCGUCUAAUCUCUCUGCAAACCACUUUAAAUAAUGGCUCUUAAAGCCGUUCAUGUCUCCGACGUCCCUAACCUCGACCAGGUCCCCGAAAAUGCUUCUCUUGCUCUCUACUCCACCCGCUUCUCCAAAGGGGUGGAAUUGAAUAGGGUGCCUUAUAAGAUUCCCAAGUUUCUGGUUGUUGGGCAUAGAGGAAAUGGGAUGAAUUUAUUGACUUCGGGGGACCAAAGAAUGAAAGCUAUAAAGGAGAACUCUAUAAUGUCCUUCAAUUCUGCUGCUAAAUUCCCAAUUGAUUUCAUCGAAUUCGACGUUCAGGUGACCAAGGAUGGCUGCCCAGUCAUUUUCCAUGACGAUUUCAUCGUCUCUGAAGAUAACGGUGUUAUCUUUGAGAAAAGAGUAACAGAACUGUGCCUAUCUGAAUUCCUAUGCUAUGGCCCCCAAAAUGAAGCAGGGAAGAUAGGCAAGCCUCUGCUAAGAAAAACAAAAAAUGGGAGAAUUGUCAAUUGGAAUGUAGAGAAAGAUGACUCUCUUUGCACUUUGAAAGAUGCAUUUCAACAAGUGGAGCCUUCUCUGGGCUUCAACAUUGAAUUAAAAUUUGAUGAUCACAUUGUUUACCAAGAAGACUAUCUCAUCCAUGUACUUCAAGCCAUCUUGAAGGUGGUGUUGGAAUAUGCACAUGAUAGACCAAUUAUCUUCUCAUCCUUCCAACCUGAUGCAGUACUGCUUGUUAGAAAACUGCAGAAUACCUACCCUGUUUUCUUUUUGACAAAUGGGGGAACCGAAAUUUUCUAUGAUGUUAGGAGGAAUUCGCUAGAGGAGGCUGUAAAGGUGUGCGUAGGAGGUGGUUUGCAUGGAAUUGUUUCUGAGGUUAAAGGUGUUUUUAGAAAUCCUGGAGCCUUGACCAAAAUCAAGGACGCUCAGCUCUCACUUCUAACUUAUGGAAAAUUGAAUAAUGUGGCUGAAGCUGUUUACAUGCAAUAUUUGAUGGGUAUAGAUGGAGUAAUAGUUGAUCUGGUUAAAGAGAUAACUGAUGCCGUAUAUGAUAUGAUAAAGCCAUCCAAGGUGGAUGAUUUGGAGGAGGUUACAUUAGCAGAAGGGAACAGAGAGGUGGUGGAGGUGAAAUCAAAUCCUCACUUCUCACAGAAGGAGCUUUCGUUUCUUCUGAAGCUUAUUCCACAGUUGAUACAGGAGUGAUACAAAGUGCCUCAUUUGUAGUUUGUGAAAUUUGUCCCCUUUUUGAUAGCUUGUACAUGAUUUAUCCCAUCUUGAGAGUUAAACAUAAAUACAUCCCAUGAAAUGAAAAUCAGUAUUAAAUUUUCAUGA